AUGAGGACCGCACCCCCCCCCCUCUGUCUUCUUCCACACCCCUGCCCCACCACAGUAGUCCUUGCAAAAUUCCUGCUGCCACCCCCUCAGCCCCCCCCACUCUACGACACACGCGGGAGUGAGCAAGAGGAGGAGGAGGCGGCUGUGCUGCUUCUGCUCACAGCGGCCAACCCUCCAACCCCCCGUCACAGCAGUAGCCGCGGGAGGGGAGACCACGGGGGAGGGAGGGGGGGGGGGGAUAGAGGGGCGGGCGGCAGAGCGUGCGGCUGGCGCUGGCGGUUGUGCUCUGGCGGGGUCUCUGCUGGCGGGGUCUCUCUGCCAGCGGGGUCUCUGCUGGCGGUGUCGCUGGCGUUGUAA